AUGAAACAACUGGCAGAAGAAACUGAAGCAACACCCCAGCAGAUCACCACUCAGUCCAUUACUACGAUUACUGAAGAUGCCAAGGCUAAGCUGCCCUCGAUUCCACACAUACGGCGUAACAUCAGGCGUCAACGUCAAACGCUAAAACACCCACUGUCUGAUCCAAGGAAUGUUGAUGAUAUAAUCAUUCCUGAACAAUAUACAAUGACACAAGAUGGACAACAAUUUCUUCUGUUUGAUUCCGGUGCCAAAUCAAAAGGUAGGAUGUUUUUGUUUGGAACCAAGGACAACCUUAGGUUAUUGGAGGUUAAUCAGCACUGGUUUAUGGAUGGUACAUUCAAAACAGCUCCUGCAUUGUUUUCACAACUGUACACAGUCCAUGCAUUGGUCAAUGGACGCACUGUUCCAUGUGUUUAUGCCUUGCUUCAAAACAAAACACAGGAAACAUACACAGCACUCUUACAGCAGCUAACGGUCUUAAACACAAACCUGCAACCAAUUUCUAUUAUGAUUGACUUUGAUGGCUGUGAUAAAAAGUGUUGA